AUGGAUAAAGCACUACUUUUCCUGGCUAUUAUUGUUGCCGUUAUUACCGCCCAUAGCGAAGAAGGCGGACAUUCGGAAGAGGAUGACUCUAACGACGAACCCGAUGAACAACUCUUUGAGGGAGAAGGAGGCCAUCAUGAGGGAGAAGGAGGCCAUCAUGAGGGAGAAGGAGGCCAUCAUCAUUCACGUGUACCUCCCCCACCACCAUACCUCCGCAAUGUGACAAAAAAAGCUCGAAGAGAGUACAUUACAAUUUUAAGGAACAUGUCUCUAACUAUCUCCGAACAAGAUCGCGAAACUCAUGCUUGGGCGGAAAAAUAUGGAGUUGCGCAAGAAUUUGCUGAGUUCAAUGCUGACAUGAUUCAAUUGAAAGAAGAAGUGAAACGUAAUGUAACACAGCUUGUCUCUGAACUGCCGCAAGCAGUAGAAAAAGCCUUCGAAGUUAUGGGAAAUAAAAACCAAACUUUCGUACAGCUUUUGCAGGCUUUUGAAAGUCUCACAAAAAAGAACCCACCUGUAAGUAAUAGGAUAAUUACUUGGUUGACAUUUACCACAGAAGAUUCUGUUUUCAGCUUUACCGCACUGUAA